AUGAAUCCUGAAGACGUUAUCAACGAGUUCAACAAAAUUAUCGGUCCGAAUUUUAGCUUGACUCAAGGUCGAGUAUUGAAACAAACGGACACUGGUUCCGAGAACCGGUGUGAUGCAAGCACUCAUGCUCGCGGCCAAACAGAGGGAGCCGGCAACGCAGCUCAUAUCGCACAAUCCACACUCGAGGAAUCUAGCGGGGAAAACGACAAGAUGGUUCUGGAGGACCAGGAGCUGCUACUCCGCAGGCGAAUUGCUCGAAAUCUUCAUGCAAUGCUAUUCAAGACUAAGGAAAUGAUAUACAUCAAAUACGGUCCUGGAUCAGGGGCCAAAGUUGCUGAAGAAUGCGCCAUCGUUACCAGCAUCGAAAAAAAGGCUAUCAGGAAUAAUGAUGGCACCGACGACGAACAUCAAGCCACUCAUGUCUUAUUGUAUGUCCGCACAUGUAACAAAGGCCGCAGCUUCGGCCUUACCAGACACUCCAUAGAGAUUGGUUCUUCGUCUCAAGAGAUGACAGACCAAAGAGUCAUGCUUGACGGGAUAGCAGACCGAAAGAUGCGAGGCGCUCCCGGCGAUAACAGCUUCAUUGCUGCAUAUCGAGGACAGGGCCUGCAGGCUUUCUUGAGCACCAACGUCUACCCAAUGCCGCACAGCCGUGGCCCUUCAUCAAGCCAAGUUGGAGGGCUAAUGGGCGACAAAGUUUUGCUUGGGGAGAAGGGCAAACAAAAGUCUUCGGAAUAUGAAAGGACGAGAGGAGACUACGAAUGGACUGAUAUUGACUGCCUCACUUGCCCGCCGAUGCUGGUGGCCUUCUUGUUGGAAGAGAACAUAUGGGUCAACGUUCAUGUUGAACAUCUGACAGAUAUCGUCUGGCCCGAAAACCCAUUCGACUCACUCGAGCUGGAGAUUGGGAAGAAGAGUUUGAUCCAAAACAUCACAGGCCGCUUCAAGACGAAGGAAAUACGUGAGGGUUCGCAUCAAGACACCGGAGGAGGGCUGAGAGGAAACUUAAUUAUCUUCCUGACUGGCCCUCCUGGCGUCGGCAAGACUUUGACAGCAGAGGUCGUCGCCGAGGAAGCACAGCGUCCCCUAUACCGCAUAUCGGCCGGAGAGUUGAAAGUUGAUCCUUCAGACUUAGAAAAACAACUCGGUGACAUCUUCCUCCUAGCGCGGCGCUGGGGAGCUAUCAUCUUGAUUGAUGAAGGUGACAUGCUCAUGACGAAGAGGCAAGCGUCGACGCCAGCUCAAAAUGCUACAGUGACAGCGUUCCUCCGGUUAAUCCAUACUUAUGAUGGGUUAAUCUUCCUCACAAGCACAUCCGAGGACAUUGACACAGCCUUCUACGAUCGCAUCCACGCAACAAUCAAGUACGUUGGACUUGACGAAACCCAGCGAACGAACAUCUGGCGUCGUCAACUACAGCGCGCCAUUCGCUCCCCGGAGGAGCAUCCCUCAAGUUCUCCAUGGCCGGAGGAGACAUACCGGCUCUUGGGGAAAGUCGAAACCAAUGGACGGGAUAUUCGCAACAUCGUCCGGACCGCCGAGCAGCUAGCUCUAGGUCUGUCGACCGAAUUGGCAAUGAAACAUGUCGUGGCAGCCAUGCGAAACUUCGGAGGCUCAGACGACAACGUUGGGUCCAUCUGCGAGAAGUUGGAGGCGUUGGAAGAAAAGGUCGGGGGGGAUCGUGAACAAGCAUGUGAUGAUGAUGUUAAAGUUUCUCCAACAUUGAAUCAGUGA